AUGGCGAUGCAAGUCCCGCAUUUACUUUCUGCCACUCUUGCACUAGCUGCCGCUCACCGACGGACAUCGGGGCUUUUUGAAGGGGAUUGUCAAUUCGAACUGAUGAAGGGAAACAGUCUAACACAGUUGAGAUCUGCCUUGGACAGAUUCAGCCCAACCGAGAAUGACAACAUCCUUGCCACCACCCUGCUUCUAUGCAUGGCUGAGGUCAUCUCUCCUGCUACGAGUACCUCGUCGUGGAGGUCACAUCUCUAUGGCGCCGCCACCCUCUCUGCCCAGCACGGCCGGUCCAGCGGGGCCAGUGUGUCGUCCAUUUCAAAUUUUCUCAGAAGAAAAUACCGGGCUCUGCAGGCAGUUGCUCUGGCUUGCUCCUCGAAAAGGUUCGAGGGGCGCAUACUGACCGCCAAUGAUGAUGAAUGUGAUGCGUAUAUUGACGACCUCGCCGGAUAUUCAACGACUCUGCUGCCAAUCUUUGAGGAUAUCAACGAUCUCGAGCGGCUGAGGGAAGAUUGCGUUUCUGAUUUUUCCUGCGACUGUCCACCUGGGCCACCACAUUUCGACUGCAACUCGCCUUUGGAACAUCAGUCCCACUUGUUGUUCGAUCGCAUCCGAGAUUUAAUGGCACAACGGAAGAUGUCAUGGACCGAGGGCGAGGGGGAUCUUCCUUGGCCCGUAUACCACGACCUCUAUCUGGUAGAUGAAGCCCACCAUCAUAUGGCGCUUCUCCAGGUGUUUCGACGUGGAUCCUUGUCCGUUCCGCUGCAGAUGAUUGAUGAUAGCAGACGAGCAAUCCUAGAUCGUCUUUCUGCGGUCACUUACCAAUCCGGCCCCUGUCCCGGGGUGGCCGCGUUACCUCCUCUAUUCGUGGCGGGUAUCCUGUGUACGAACAAGUCAGACAGAGACAAGGUGCGCAGCUUGUUGAAGACCAUGUGGAUGCACUAUGGAAUGGGGAACGUGAGGACUUGUCAGACCGUGUUGCAAAAGUUGUGGAAGCAGCAGGAUGAGAGUUUUGCCGUUCCUAAGAAGCUGUUUGAGUAUCAAGUUGACGAUGAUGUCCUGCCGUAUUGA